AUGGGCUCGGGGUGGGGAAGCCUCGGGGCGCUGCGGGCCACACGCAGCCCCUUCCUCUCCUCCUCCUCCUCCCCGUGCCCGUGCAGGACAGCCAUGUGCGUGGGGAAGUGCAGCCGGAUCGUGGGUCCCUGCCUGCUGGUGCUGGGCACGCUCUCCGUGGCAGCCAGCAUCCUCCUGCUGUUCCCCGGCGGAGCAUCCAAGUACCUGCUGGAGGGGCACAUCGGCAGCCACGCCCGCGCCGUGCCGGGGCUCUGGGGCGGCGGCAUCGCCGUGCUGCUGGCAGCGACUCACGUCACGGCGCUGGGCUGGCGGCGCUCCGGCUGCUCCGCCCGCCACAGCGCGUUCCUGUCCGUGGUGCUGUCCAAGCUGGCUCUCCUGGGCGCUGCCGCCUGCUUCGUGCUCUGCGGGGUGGGGCUGACGAACGGGCCGCUCUGCCUCCACAACAGCACCGCGCUCGGCCCCGGGCACUCGGCCCGCUGGGGGUACCCCUUCCUGGACGCCACUGAGCUGGGGCCUGAUGCCGGGGCUGAGAACUACCUGUACAACCGGAGAAGCUGGAGCGUCUGCCUGGAGCCCCAGGGCAUCGUCACCUGGCACGUGGUCCUGUUCUCCCUCCUGCUGCUCAUCAGCGUGGCCGAGAUGGUGCUGGCCUCGCUGCAGAUCCUCAAUGGCUGCCUGGGCUGCCUCUGCGGCUUCUGCGACGGCAAGUAG